AUGGAAAUUGAGAAGGACACUCAUUUAUGUACAAUGAAACAGCCUAUUCAAAAAAGGAGGUCUGGCGAAAGUCUCUGUAUAAAAAGUCAUCUUUCCAAUCAAUGUCUAAGCUCGACCUUAGCCUGUGUAGAUUCCUGGAACGAGUUGAAUACAAGAAACACUUGCCUGUAUUUCUGUUGCGGUCAUUGCUCUGUACGUAUCAUAUGCGGGAAUCAAAUAACCGCCGAGCGAUUACAUAAGCCUGGUAUAAUAACAAUAAGCGAUGAAUGCAUUAUCAAGAGUGACAGUUUUAUAAUAUAUGCUCACCAAACGCCAUCAAAUACCUUAGAGAGAGGAGCUGACGUCAUAAGAAUUCAGAUUCCUCUUAUUAACAACAUUUUAAACAUUUCAAUACCAAUAGCAACUGUCGAGAAUCAAACCUUGCACUCGGAACAUCAAAAGUAUUUUGAAGAAAUGGACGAACAGAUAAAGCAAAUGAAAGGUAGCGCGUCAGACGGAGUGCUGGCCGAGCACAUAUCCUAUCAUGACGUACAUCACUAUGUCGUGAUCUACGUAAUGCUGAUCGCGGGAGCUAUCGCUCUCGCUGUGCUGGUGUGGCAGCGUCGGCGAGCACGAUCAGCAUCAACCCCGAGCCUUGAAGCGCAGCCGUGCACGGAAACACGGUCAGCGCAAGCAGCGUGCCUGGAAUCGCAGGCAAUUAGGCAAGCGCCGGCGUAUCAACGUACAGGAAUGCCUGACGUCGAACUCCCAACAGCGAGCAACGAGCCUUUUUCGGUCAGAUGUGUUAGUGAGACUGCAGUGAAUCAGUGUUAUGUGUCUAGUGAGUUAAACUUCGAGGAAAACAUGCCGCGAAUGUAA